AUGGAUAAAUCUUCUAUUCAACAAAAAUGGCUCGUUGCACAAAAGAUUGAGACGGAAUUACAAUCGCAUUUGAAUAAGGAUUCCCCUACAUUUGAAGAUAUUGAACAUCUUCUCUCACAGUUGCGCAUUGCUUGUGAAGCAGUUAUCUUCAGCGAUUUUGAGUAUGCUACCAAGGAGCGUGUACAGCAUCGUCUCUGGGACUCGCACAGCCUAAUCAACACUCGAUAUCGAAAGCUCGUAGCUCAUUACCGUUCCCCCGAACAGAAACGCCGUGCCGUGGAGCGCCGAAAGUUGGAGAAACACUAUGUCGAUUUCCUCAAGACCAGUCAAUACUUCUACAAGGGAUACAUUCAGCGUGUUGCUUCUCACUUUGGUCCUCUUCCUGCAUUGCAGCGUAUCGCAAAUCGCCUUUCUCUGAGUCCACUAUCCGUGGACGAGCCAAUCAAAGUCAGCAGAUCCCACGAACAUCUUCUCAAGCUGUCUUGCCACUUCACUUUACUUCGUCUUGGAGACUUGAGCAGAUAUCGAAAUGACUUGAGAACCAAGGAACGCAGCUGGGACCCCGCCCUAGGAUAUUAUUAUCUAGCCGAAGCUCUUUAUCCUAAUUCUGGCAAUGCCCACAACCAGAUGGCUGUCAUUGCUCUCGCCGACGGCAGUCAUCUUGACGCAUUGUACCAUCUACUACGCGCAGUUGCUGUCGAAGAACCCCAUACAUUGGCUCGUGGAAACUUGGCUAUUGAGUACAAAAAGAUAUCUACCACUUGGGAGAAGGAAAGACAGAGCAAACGUCGCCCAGCGCCCGUUGAGUCCGCUCUUGUCAUUUGGUUUGUACGACUCCAAGCAAGAUUCUAUAAGGGAGUAGAGUUCUCUACCCAAGGAGAGCUAGAGAAAGAAGUUUUGGGUCAAUUGGCCUCGGCCUUGAAAGACCAGUCCUUCGAAGAAACCUUGAAUAAGUUGGUGUUGAUCAAUAUGGCUGCAAAUUAUCUGGCAACUCAAAGGCUUACUGAAGCGGAAAGUGGUGUAACCGAUGACCUCAAAAAAUCAUUCUACUUUCUUCUUGGCUUCAACCUCCAGGUAUUCUGCGUCUUGCUACAGGCACUCAUCACAGAGCUUACCGAUGCAGCUGAAGCGGAAAAUCUGGAGUCUUUGACCGCCACAGAUGCUUCUGGUGAUUCUUUCGAAAAGCUCAGCCCGGUCGCAAUUAGGGUUCUCCCUGCUAUUCGUCAAUACUUCGCUUGGAUUAUCUCACAACGUCUCCUCCUUAUUGGUCUUGCAGAUGGAAUCGACCUAGAGUCUACAGGCCCAUUAGUCGGUCAUAUCCGGAGAAUGUGGAAGACGGCCGCAGAUACACUCACCGCCCUGGUCGGCUUCUUUCCUGUCGCAUCGCUCCCUUAUCUUCCAUAUUUGUUGUCCGAAGACGAACAGACAGUCGGAUUCAAACCUCUCCGGGACCCGCCACAUGGUUUGGAAGAGUACAGUCUUUACAACAAAGAUGAUGGCUCUUUGAAGGCUCGUAUCUCUGAUGGUAUCAUUCGGCAACCUGAUAGCGAGAACUAUGCUCGCAUUCGGGAUAUCUUACGAGCUGGCAUGGCUCUUCAUUUCGAACGACCAUGUCCAAUUGUGAUGACGGACGAUAGUAGAUUUAUCUAUGGUACCGAAGGCGCUACGAGCCCCAUCUCAGAUAAUUCUGUAAUGCCCAGCCAGCUAACGAAGCCCACACACGCAGUGCAAAACUUCAAGACAAUCAGUGACGAGAAUAGCAUGGCAACAGACUCCCUCGGUAUUAUGGAUACUGAGAUGAGUCGCAUGGUGGACGAUUUACUUGAGCCUGGAAGUCUUGUUCCUAGUGACGACACGUCUUAUGACAUGAAUAGCUCUACUGCAAAUGCGGUACUCGCGCCCAUAGGUUCUGAAAGAACACGUCUAUCGACGAGUAAUCAGAUCACGCCCACAAAAGCCUUUCCAAGUUUACCUAGUAUCUGGAGCUCGCCCUUCACACCCAAACCUAACGAACUUCGACCCAUUAGUCCCGAAAAACCUUCAAGUUCUGGUGAAUUUCCAUUGAUGAAUUACUCAACCAACAGAGAUCAGCUUGCUGCCGCUGCGGCUCUCGACAACAUGACUGGGAUGCAAGGACGAAGCUCAAAUGGUAGUGCGACGAAUGUGAUGAGCCAGAGAUCAUCAUCUGAUAUGUCCAAGCCAGUCAAUCAGAUGUUGCAGGAGUCUUUAGCAAGGCAAUUUGAACCUAUGUCACUCUCGUCGUCAGUGUUCUCGACGAACAGCAGUAUUUAUGCGAACAACUCUCCACCAAAGGCCUACUAUGGUAGGACCUUGGGUCACCCUUCAUUCAAUGGCCAUGAUAGUACUAUCUAUUCAGGUGCUACUGAUUUUGACAGAACUACGAUGCUGCAGAGCUCAUUCUGGAACGGCAGUCAGACCGAUAACGAGCAUUACAACCGCACACCUCCCGCUGGACAAGGUCGCCGCGGCUGA